AUGGGAUACGGAGAAAAGGAGCUCCCCUGGUGGCCUCUCUGUGCUCGUCCUCCCACGGUGGCUGCUCCCAUCACUUCUGUGUUCGCAGCUGGCCUUAGAAUCACCAUCCAGCACCUGCCUCUCCCUGUGGCCAUCUCUUGGCUGCCAAUUCUCCGAGCUCUGAGCUCUCUCUGCUUCCCUCCUUCCAGAAUCCUUCAGGGUAACUUGAUCAAAGCGAUUCAGGAAGGGACCUUUGCCAAUCUGCCUCAACUGGUAGAACUAGACCUCUCCUGCAACCUCCUGAAGGAAAUGCCUCCAUCCAUGUACCAGGGCCUCCAGGACCUCCAGAUGCUGAACAUCUCUGCCAACCCUCUGAAGGAGCUCCCUGUGGACCACUUUGACAGUCUUCCCUAUCUGCAGUCACUGAGCAUGGAGGGCAUGGAGAUCUCCAACAUCGAGAACCGAAUGUUCCAGAAGCUGACCAACCUGUCCUACGUUUACUUCGGCCAUUUCCAGUACUGUAGCUACGUUCCCCAUGUGCGCAACUGCCAGCCCAACACAGACGGCAUCUCUUCCCUGGAGAACCUCCUGGCCAAUCUGAUCCUUCGAAUCUUUGUCUGGGUCAUCGCCUGUACCACCUGCUUGGGCAACCUGCUUGUGGUGUGCAUGCGCUCCCUCAUUGUGCCCGAGAACUUCCAGCAUGCCAUGGCCAUCAAAUGCCUGUGCUGUGCUGAUUUCCUCAUGGGUGUUUAUCUGUUCUUUAUUGGUGCCUCUGACUUGCGCUAUGCGGGCGAGUACAACAAGCAUGCCCAGGCCUGGAUGGCCAGUCCCCAGUGCCAGGCUGGGGGGUGCCUAGCCAUGCUGUCCUCAGAGGUUUCUGUGCUGCUGCUCACCUACAUGACACUCGAGAAGUAUGUGGGCAUCGUCUUCCCUUUCAGCCACUACCGGGCUGGCCGCCGGCAGACCCUGGCCACCUUGGUGGGCAUCUGGCUGGUGGGCUUCACCAUUGCUGUGGUGCCCUUCUGGAGCCGAGGCCCCUUUGGCAACUACUAUGGCACCAAUGGGGUGUGCUUCCCUCUUCACUUCGAUACCUCUGAGAGUGCUAUGGCCCAGCACUACUCCACUGCCAUCUUUCUAGGGGUCAACCUGAUCGCAUUCAUCACCAUGGUGGUGGCCUAUAGCAGCAUGUUCCACGCUGUCCGGGUCUCCCGUGCCCGCUCGGCACAGCACCUUUCCCGGGAGGUCUCCAUUGCCAAACGCUUUUUCUUCAUCGUCUUUACGGAUGCCCUGUGCUGGCUGCCCAUCUUCCUCCUGAAGCUGCUGUCGCUGCUGCAGCUAGAAAUCCCAGGUGCAGUUACCUCCUGGGUGGUUAUCUUCAUUCUGCCCAUCAAUAGUGCCCUGAACCCCGUCCUCUACACCAUCACCACAUCCCCCUUCCAGGAGAGACUAAAGCAGUGUCUGCAGCGAGAGGGGCGUUCUGUCCCCUCCUCCCAGUCUGCUGGCCCAAGCUUCACCCUGGUGCCCCUCCAAGCCACUAGUGCCAGAGAGCUGCUGGACACAGUGGACCAGGGCACUGAGAGAACUGUCUUUGGGCCCCAGGACUAAAGGGGGUGACAUGGGGGGGAGGGGAAGGACAGAGGCUGCAUGUGUGUGUGAGUGUGAGCGUGAAUGCAAGUGGGAGUGUCGGGGGUGAAUCAGGGACCUGCAGCAUGGAUGGCACUGGCAGCUGGUUGCUCUGGGCAGAAGGAAAGAACAGCAAGGAUUGCCAUGGAGGAGCAGAAGAGAGACUGGGAAAGGGGUCUUCCAUAGUGGGGAUGGUCACAGAAGAGCCCAAGGCCAGGCUCAUGUGGAGAAAGACAGAGGGGCUGGGCAUGGAGGCACGCAUCCUCUGGGGUCAAAGGCGGCAAGCUGCAUCUCUGCCCCUGUGAGAUGGGAAGGAGGACACAGCCCUGCCUGCCCCCAAACAUACACCCUCACAUGCACAUUCACACACAGCUGUCUGGGACCUCUAAGGUCAGAUUUGUUUGGGGUGUUUGGGGAACCCCAAAUAGGAGGUCCGAGAAGGGUCCCGAAAGCUUCCCAGCCCCCUGUGCCACCAUCCCACUGAGAGGCCCUACUCAAGAGCGUCUGUUAGGGGCCAGGAGAAUAAGUGAGCACAGCAGGCCUUACCCUCUGACCUCACACUGGCAUCCCACCCCCUGCAAACUGCCACCCCAGGGCCAUCCAAGCUCUAGCCUUCACCCAAUCUACCCUCCCCAUUAGCCACCUCAUGGUGCCUCUACAAACCCUUGUGCUCACAGGCCACCCUCUGCCAAUGGGCAGCCCCUCCCCCAUUUGCCUUCUCCCCAACCACAGGCGCAAACAUAAAGGCUGCUCCAGCCUCAUGGUCCCAAUUGUGCCCACUGUCCUCCCCAAAAUGGGACAGCCACACAGUGACGUCUCAAUCUGAGGUCACAGAUACCCCCUGCACCUCCUUCUCUGCCUGCCCGACUUUAUCCUCAGCUCUCUGGGCUGCUGCCCUUUCCAGAUGCCAUCCAGAGGAACAGUGAGAGUCCUGACUGGCCAUGUGACCCAGUCAUUUUCCUCUGUGGGCCUCAGUUUCCCAAGCUAAACCUGAGUGGGGUGGGCCAGCCCAAGAGUGCAACCCUUUUUUACUGAGUGCUACUCAAGAAUGUUUGGUUGAAGAAGAGCGACAUCCUCCCUGGCUACACAGCCUUGGGCUCAGAUCCCCAGUGGAGGGAGGAGGCCACCUUUCGAGGGCCUUUUGGGAGUCCACCCCACUUCCUGGACCUGGCUCCCACUCCUUUGGAGCCCAUUUGGCUACAUCUGCCCCUAGCUUUCCCACCAGUCCUAGAGGCAGGAAGCCUGGAUUCAGAUGUGGAUCACCACCCGAGUGACUUCGAGCAAAUCCUUGUCCAACGUCCCAGGGCUGGACUCAGAGCUCCACAGUCCCAUGACAGGACUGGGGGGGGGGGCGAGAGAGUCCCUGCUCUUCCUCAGCUGCCCUGUCACCUGGCCACCAGGAGCAAAAGCUCCGGAGCAGGAAGAGGGUUCCUUCCAGCCAUUUCCCACACUGCCUUGAGCAGAAGAGACAGCAGUGGAGGGGACGAACAACAGGAUGAGGAAAGAGAAGCUAGAGUGAGGGGGAUAACCUCCCCCCACUCCAGUCGAGGCACGGGCAUCCUGCCACUGAUGUCAGUGUCUUGGGCAAGGCACGAGUUGCAGAGUGGCCGUCCCCAAGGCUUGGCCUUGCACCAAUGAUGAGCUUUGGUGCCCUCAGGGGCAGGGCUUGGCUGGCACCCGAGUGCCCUCACCUAGGGUCCUUUGACAUACCUUUAGCACCAGGUGGCAGAAAUGAUACGUCAAGCGGCAUUUAUGAAGUGCCCACUGUGGACCAGGCACUACGCUAAGUGCUGAGGCCCCAGAGGAAAGCGGGAACCAGUCUGGGGCCACAGAGGGAGCAAUUCCAACAUGGCUGGUCUGGCCAUUCAGCCCCGGACCCACAGUCUAUAUACUCAGAAUGUGCUUAGGAUUCACAUGCCUUGUCUUCUGAGCACCAUUCUAGAUCCCCUCAUGCUGUGACCUUGACCAGGUUACUCCACCUCCCUGGGUCACAGUUUCCUCCUGUGUAAAAUGAUGGUGUUGGACUUGCUGGCCCCAGGAAUCCCUUCCAGCUGCAGCUCAAAGUCUGCCCUGGGGCCCCCUUCACCUGGGAGUUCUGGUCACGGAUGACCUUCCUACUCUCUGUGGCUCAGCUUUGCCGCUCUUCCUUAGGCCACCCCCUGCAAAUGGCCCCUGAGGAAAAGCCAGCAGACAGCAGUGCAGAAGGGAAAGGAAGAGCCUCCCUGGCUCUUUCCUGGCAACGCAAAAAGGAGGUGCCCAAGUACAGGGAGGGCUGGCACCACGGACCUGUCUCAUCUAGGCACGUGGGGGCAAGAAGAGGCCCACGGGCUAGACCUGAGACCUAGGCACCAGGAGCAGCUGGCAUGGUGGCAAUCUUGGGCCAUCUGAAGCUAGUCGACACUCUAAGAGACUUUAUCCAAAGUCCACUUAGCACCUCAGAUCUUGGGGUCCUCACAAAAGCAUCAAGUGUGGGCACUCCCUAAGGAAGCCAAAUGAAAAGGGGGGAGCAGAUGCAAGUCCCUGCCCUCCCGCCAGGAGGACCAGGUGGGACUUCCCUUAGCUACAGCAUUCACUACCAUCUCCCCAGCUCAAGAGCCAUCUGCCACGUCGAUGUGUAAAACUGCUACAGCCAAUCGCAGGCCCUCGCUUCCCUGGCCUCCCCCUGGUCAGUCUCUUCUCCCAUGGCUCCCCUGCAUAGGGCCACUGUCCUCAUUGUCUGUGCCAUUGGCAGGAAAGGCGGAGCCUCCUCAGUCCCUGGGGUCCUCUAGCUCCCCCUCUAGCAAGCACUUCCAGGCCACUACCUAAACUAGUCCCAAUGAUCUCCCCAAGCAGCUGGGUAAGAACUGUGGACUCCACAGGAAGAAGCCCAAGCCUCCCCCUGCUAGCCCUCUGGCAGUAAAAGGAUUGGCCAUCCCAAAGCAUUUCUUCUCCUCCCACCCCCAGCCUGGCUCUGCUGCCCCCUGAACACACAUGUGCACAUGCACACGCACACACAGGAGACUCUGGCAUGGCCUCAGCCAAGAGAAAACUCCUAGACUGGAGUCUUGGCAGCCAAAACUGAUCGGGCAAAAAGCAAGGUGGGAAUUGGGAGCGGCUGAGGAAGAAGAGGAUGGAGGGAUGCAUCAGAAGGGAAUGGCCAAAGUGGAGUCCCUGCCCUCCCAGGAACUCUUAGUCUAAUGAGUGGAUGAGAGAGCAGAGAGACAACGCAAAGUCUUUGGAGGAGCAUCUCAGAGGGGAAGGAGCCAGAGAACCUCCAAAGAAGUCAGUGGCUGACUCUGAUUGGACCAGGAAAGAAGGCAAGGCAUUCCUGGCAUGGAUGCAGGGUCAGGGUCAGCAAGUAGGCCAGGCUGGCUGAAUCCCCCAUUCUUUUUCCUUUGAUCCUUUUGAUUUUUAUGUCUCCUCAGUUUCCCAAGACAUCCAUCCCCCUUUCCCCAUCCCUUAGAAUAAAGGAAUAACGGGGGUGGGGGGAGCACACUUGGACAGCACUAAGCACCGCGCCAAGUCCAACAGUCUAGGCAGCGCUCUGUACCCAUAGUCCCCCGCCUCUGCCAAAUAGGGAGAAGGUGCUUUCUCAUCUAUCUUCUUUGGUGCCAAGCUUGAUAGUCACAAUUGCACAGUGUUCUCUUUCCUGUUUUCAUGGCUGUUUUCAUUUGGUGACAUCUUGGUUUCGUGCCUUCCGCUUUGCCUCACGUUACAGAAGUUUCCUACCUAUAUUCUUUAUGGUCAUUAUUUCUUCUGAUGCAGUCACGUUCCCCAUAUGGGACAAUUCGUGUAGCCAUUCCGCAACCAAUGGGCAGAUUCUGUGUGUCCAGUCCUUUGUUGCUACAGAAGCUUGUAGCCUUGAAUAUUGUGAUGUGCGUGGGACCUUUCUUUUUCAUCGUGGAGUAGAUGUCUAGUCACCAGUAUGGACACUUCAGUCACUUGCAUAGUGUCAUUCCAGAUUGCUUUCCAGAAAGGCUAGACAAACUCAGUUCCACCAAGUGUACCACAAUGUCUCUCUCUAUGCCCCGAGUCCAGCAUUGACUCCUCCCCUUCUUUAUCCCAUUUGCUGAUUUGUUCUGUGUGAAGUAGAACUUCAGAGCUGUUUUGAUGUGUUUUUCUCUCCUUUCUUACCAUUUGGGAACAAUCUUUUAUGCAGUAACUAAUCGUUUGAGAACUGUUCGUUCAUAUGAGCUGCCCACAUUGGGGAAUGGCUUUUCAUUUCAAUGUAUUUGUGUUUGAAAUGAGAUCCUUCUCAGAGCUUUGGGAUAGAAAGUUUUGUUCCAACUGCCCACUUUCCUGCUUGGCCUAGUUGCAUGGAUUUUGUUAGUGCAGAAGCAACUCUGUAACCACCACCUGUAACUUCUGUACUCAACGUUCUCUGGUUUCUCUGUCAAGAUCAGCUCUAUUGUUUGUUUGAAUAAAAAUUAUUGUCCUAACUGUGAAAAGCA